CGUGCGCCCUGGCGCCCUCCGGCCCCGCUCGGGUUUGACCUACCGCCGCCCGGGGAGAGAUGGCGGCGCCUGCAGCGUCCGGGCUGAGCCGACAGGUGCGGAGCUUCAGUACAUCCGUGGUCAGGCCCUUUGCCAAGCUUGUGAGGCCCCCGGUUCAGAUCUAUGGCAUUGAGGGUCGCUAUGCCACUGCCCUCUACUCUGCUGCGUCCAAACAGAACAAGCUGGACCAGGUGGAGAAGGAGCUGCUUCGAGUGGGACAACUCCUGAAGGACCCCAAGGUGUCUCUGGCCGUUCUGAACCCCUAUGUCAAGCGCUCCAUCAAAGUGAAAAGCCUGAGUGACAUCACAGCAAAGGAGAAGUUCUCUCCGCUGACGGCCAACCUCAUGAAUUUACUUGCUGAAAAUGGUCGCCUCAGCAACACCCAGGGGGUCAUCUCUGCCUUUUCCACCAUCAUGAGUGUCCACCGUGGAGAAGUGCCAUGCAUGGUGACCACGGCAUCUGCUGUAGAUGAAGCUGUCCUCUCCGAGUUAAAGACAGUGCUGAAGGGUUUCCUGGGUCAGGGCCAAGUGUUGAAACUGGAGGUUAAGACUGACCCGUCAAUCAUGGGUGGGAUGAUUGUCCGAAUUGGGGAGAAAUACGUCGAUAUGUCCACAAAGACCAAGAUUCAGAAGCUCAGCAAAGCCAUGCGGGACUUGCUCUGAAGUCUGUGUCAGUGGUGUGAGCUCUGGUCCUUGGAGCAACAAUAAAACACUUACUGAACAGAUGGCACCAAGUUCUUGUCCUUUAA